UUGUAGCUAUUCGUAGCUGAUACAAUGAAAUAUAUAUGUGAUGUUGAAAUGGAUGAAUUUGAAGUUGUUUGAAAUAAGACAUACAUUGUUCUCGUUGAAAAGAUAGGGGAAUAUGACGCGUGCUUUCGCAGCUGGUGAUGUCACGGCGCGUACUGAAGCAGCCUCACGGGAUUUUCAACUUCCCAACCUGAUGAAGCCCGAGUCGGGAAGUUUAAAUGAUGUCGUGAAAAGCCUUAAACUACCUUUGAGCUUUAUUGGUUUGAAUGUGAUCAACACCUUGGCAUGUACGAAUGUUGUCUUUUUAAAAGUUUUACUUUUGUCGAGUGGUGGGGGCUUAGCAACGAGAAUUUUGACAAAGAAUCUGGCACGUGGCCAAAUCUCUAAAUAUAUGGAUCAGUAUUCAUGUAUCUGACUAUUCAAUUAAAAAUAACUAGGGAUCUGCUUAUUAAAAUAUAACUUUAGCGAUGACACAUUUGACUUUUACCUCAUGGUAUACGUUAAUAUAGAAAUGCAGUAAUGUCCUUGGCAUAAGUAUAAAGGGCAAAGGUGCAUCAUUGCAAUGGAUUUAUUACAGCACCGCUGGCAGACUCCACUUAAACGACCACUAAAUAUCCCCUCUAGAGGAUAAUGUAUAUACUCAUGUAUGCUUACAUAAGUGUUAAUUUUAUAGCCAAUAAUUUUAGCUAAAUUCUACGAACAUAGGCUAGACACAGGGGAAAGCUCUCAAUUCCGGAACUUUUCCACAGAGAUCGGGAUGGUUCCACUAUUUGUAGAAUGGGUCCGCAAACUGCAGAAAUACUCUUAAACACAGCUGCCACGUUACCCACACAAACAUGGCAUUAUCUCUAACAAGUAUAAGAUCAUAAACAGAACAAUGUAAUCAACGUCCGUGAAAACAAUUAAUAAAUAGAACCAAUAUUAACGUGUGGAAUCGCUGACUCACAAUUUUUUUGUCUCAGGUGGGAAAAUAUCGACGAGUUUAAUGAGACAGACAUAAGGCAUUGGGUAACGUAGAAAUGAGAAUAAGGCCAGGAGAUAAGAGGGCUCUCAACGGGAAUAAAUGUGGACCCUCAGCAGUGGUUCAGCAUCGUUGUUCAGGAUCUUCACUGCACAAUGUACGGACUCAUCUUCGCUCUGCUCGUGGGCACCGCUGCGGCGGCCCCAUACAUGUAUGAGGACCACAUCGUGGGUGGCUCCGAGUGCGCUUCCCACUCGCAGCCGUGGCAGGUGUCCCUCAACAUCGGAUACCACUUCUGCGGAGGCUCCCUGAUCUCCAGCGAGUGGGUCAUGUCUGCCGCUCACUGCUACAAGACCCCGUCCCUCAUCUCUGUGCGCAUCGGCGAGCACAACAUCUUCGAGUCUGAGGGCACCGAGCAGAGGAUCCAGGCCUCCAAGGGGAUCCGCCACCCCCAGUUCAACUCAAGCACCUUCGACAACGACAUCAUGCUCAUCAAGCUGUCCUCGCCCGCCACCCUCAACCAGUAUGCGCAGGCCAUCCCGCUGCCCUCCUCCUGUGUCGGCACCGGAGUCAUGUGCACCAUCUCCGGCUGGGGACAGACCGAGACCAGCCUUGGCAAAUCCGCUGUCCUCAUGUGCGUCCAGGCGCCUGUGCUGAGUGACACCUCCUGCAGGAACUCCUACCCCGGUGACAUUACCAACAACAUGAUCUGCCUGGGAUACCUGGAGGGUGGCAAGGAUGCCUGCAAGUAUGACUCCGGCGGCCCCGUCGUGUGCAAUGGCCAGCUGCAGGGCAUCGUGUCCUGGGGUCGCGGCUGUGCCCUGCCCAACUCCCCCGGCGUGUACACCAAGGUGUGCAACUACAACUCCUGGAUCGCCAGCACCAUGGCUGCCAACUGA